GUGUAGUGACCAAAAAGCUGCCAGCCACUAUGUCAUCUGGCCAGGAAUCCGUUUUCCCUGAAUAUGAGACUGAAACCAGUCAGACAUCAAAGCUGUUAAGAAAAUUUAAAGAGACGCCAUUUGUACCAAUUGGAAUGGCUGGCUUUGCCAUGUUGGUUGGGUAUGGGCUGUACAAAUUGAAGCACAGAGGUGACAUGAAAAUAUCGCUUCACCUGAUUCACAUGCGGGUGGCAGCCCAGGGCUUCGUCGUGGGAGCGCUCACGUGUGGUGUGCUGUAUUCGAUGUUUCAGGAGCAUGUGCUGAAGCCCAAAGAGUAGCAGAAAGCUCAUUGAAAUCUCUGUCCUGGUGGUUGCCUGUGUACUGCAGCUACAAACCUCCUAUCAAGGGGUUCUUGAGGAAGAACAAAAAACACGAUAUUAGAGAAUUGCCCUGUAUAUAUUUGGUGUACAGAACACUGUCUUGGAGCUGGCAGCCUAAAUGAUUGUGCACUGGGGUAGUGGGUGUCAGGGUCUGCUUUGAUUGACAUUAGCAUAUCCCAGUUUUUAGGGGAUAUAGUAGAGUACAAUGCCUUUAUCUUCUCCUCAACUAUCAAUACUUUCCUAAAAUUGGUGGCUUCUUUUCCUGCCGUUGCCCAAAACCACAGUCUGAACUAGCUUCUAUGAGGCAUUGGGCAGCAUGUGGAGGCCAGGCCUGUAAGUAUCGUGAAUGCUUUGCUGUCAUUUUCUAUCUUGUGUAUUUGUCAGCCUCCAUCUUUGUAAUUUAGAAGCUUCUAGUAGCACUAAAUGGUUUCUAAAAUAUUGAGAGAGAUAUGAACAUCUAUUUUAUUUUUUUUAUUUAAGGCAUAAGUACUUGGUAUGUUGCAGCUAUUUAAAUGUUAUAUUUAUUCAUUUUAAUGAGGACACAGGCUCCCUAUUUUUACUAUAGAUUUUCAGACUCUUGAAUUGCUAUAUUUUGUAACUUUAUUUACAGUGUUCUUCUGAAUAACAUUUAACUGUAACGUUUAAAAUAGAUAUUGUGGAAAUUAACCUUUAUUUGGUGUUCUAAUGCUUUCAGCUGAAGUAUAUGAUAUAGCUCUGAUUUCUGUGGUAUCAUUAAAUUUUUAACCAUUUAAAUCUGAAAAGGCCCCAUAAUCUUUGAGGUGUUAAAACCCUUCUCUGUCAGUUGCUACUGUUAUUUUACACUUGGACCCCUUGUAUCUGCAACAGCAGUCACAAAAAUAAAUAUGUUGAGAAAUCCAA